UCACGGAUAACGAGAAAUAAUAAAAUUCAACAAAGAAAUUCUCCCAAUCGAUUUUAAUUAGAUGUGCCUGUAGUGUGUUAACCACACCUAACAGAAAGGCGAUUAAAUGUCCAGUUUUACAAACCUCACGCUUCAAAAGCAUUAAAUUGUGUUUGACUAGCCUUCUGGUCUGUGAAACGAUUCAUACAGUUACUUUAAACAAUAAAUUCAUCAUUUUAUAUAAAGCAAAUAGAGCCAAGUACUGAGCGAGCAGUUUGUUUUGGCUGAAAGAGAUUGAUGUUUUGGUCACCUCAAUUAAACAUGCACUACAUUUAAUGUUUAAAUAACAAGCUAUAUUGUAAACGCAGCCCUUCUCUUUUGUUACCAUUGGUUAUUUGUCUAUAUUUGUUCUUAUUUCGCUAUUAAAUUGUAUAUGGCGUGCACGUAGAAAACACAAGACAGAUCGUUCUCAAAAUGAGUGUGCUGCCUGUGGGUCGAUUGAGUCUGCACGGUUCUCACCGUUUUGAUAAGUUCCGCUCUCUGGCUUUCUGCUCACACUGUCAGGCAGAAGAGUCAGGAAUUUCUCGUUGCUAUUAGUUAGUUAUCACCUUGUUGAAAAUCUUAGAAUGGCAGAAACUGCUCCAGCACCAACCGCUCCUGCUCCGGUUAAAGCUCCCAUGAAGAAGACCGCAGCAAAGCCCAAGAAAUCGGGUCCCAGCGUGUCAGAGCUGAUCGUCAAGGCUGUGUCUGCCUCCAAGGAGCGCAGCGGGCUGUCAGUGGCGGCGCUCAAGAAGAUCCUGCAGGCCGGAGGCUACGAUGUGGAGAAGAACAACUCCCACGUCAACAGGGCGCUCAAGAGCCUGGUGACCAAGGAGACCCUGCUACAGACAAAGGGCACCGGCGCCUCGGGCUCCUUCAAGCUUAACAAAAAAGUAGCUGAAGCCAAGGAGAAGGCGGCAGCUCCCAAGAAACCAGCGGCAAAGAAAGCGGUUGUUAAGAAAACGACGAAAAAAGUUUCGGCAAAAAAAGCAGCAACGCCCAAAAAAUCUCCUAAGAAAGCGAAGAAACCGAAAGCUGCAAAGAAGCCACCCAAGAGCCCGAAGAAAGCGGCUGCCAAGCCUAAAAAGGUCGCAAAGAGUCCGAAGAAAGCGAAGGCAGCGCCUAAACCUAAAAGGGUAAUCAAGGCAGCUAAACCUGCAGCGAAGAAGGCGGCGCCUAAAAAGAAGUAAACAGUAAAAGCGACGAUGCGACAUUGAAACCAAAGGCUCUUUUCAGAGCCAACACACCUUUCUAAGAGCCGAUUUUCCUUCUAUACAGUCAACUUACCACUGCUGCGGUAUUUUAGCACGCAGUUAAGAGUAUUACAUUACACCGAGUCGAUCGAUACCUUAAAUAUAAUCAAGAAAUUAAUUAGGCAUGUGAACGUUUCGUUCCUCUCAUCAGAUUGCAGUUUGUCUAAAUAUGGCCUCUUCAGCGAAGUAAUACUCACCCCAUUAUAUUUGAUAGUGCUACAAGAAUAGCAUGUUGGGACGAAAAUGCAAAGCCUUCUAUUGUAUUUAGAGAACAUAUUCAAAUUACUAAAUGUAUCAGACAACGGAUAUUGGAAUAUAACACUUUCAGAGAAGUGGGUGGCUCUUAAAAGAGCCUUUGGGUUUCAGUGUUGUUGUU